GUAAAGUCCAACGGAUAUUAAAGGGAUGCCCUGAAUGUAUGAAACAUGAUGGAGGACCUUAUAGACUACCAGAAACCCCUGCUCUUCCUAAAGAGAGAGUCAAUUACAGCUCUCCUUUUACGUACGUUGGAACAGUGUAAACAAACGUCACAUGAAGAAAGCGUAGAAGAAUCUGUACAGGUUCCUGACGUCCCACAUCCAACAAGAAGGGACGACGUGAUGAAAGAAUCCACUAACGACGUUCUUAAGACUUCUGAGCAGAAAUCUUAUCAAUUAACAGAAUUAAACGAGUCAGAAGAAAUACCGUCUGAUUCAGUCUUAUUAGAGCCUGCAUCUAGUCAGUUACACGAGCCUGAGCCUAAGUCCAUACCCGAACCAGACCCACUCGCAGUCAAAGACAUGACGUUCUGCGAGAACACUGAUCCUGAAACGCACCACCUAGAGAACAUCGCGUCGGCUGAACAUCACGACGAGUCCAGACCUAAGAGAGCAGCGGCGCUUCGUGCUCUUGAGAAGAUUAAGGAGUGGACCAGCAACUUAGUCGCGGUUUUGCUGCCUGUAGUGGGGAGUGUCGCGACCAACGCGAAACUAUAGAGCCCCAAGAAUAUUCCCCUGCGGCAACACUGGCGGCGCCCUCUGGGUGGAGCCAUAGUAAGUAUCUCAAAGUUGUCAAACUACGUGCCACGUAGACAUUCCACGAGGCGCGAGAAACGCGCCAGUACUUAAAAGUGUAACACACAGUGAAGUGAUCCACGUGCUAUCCAGAUAUUGCAGAGACGACUAAAGCUAAGUAUUUAUUUAUACUUGGUGGCUCACAGUGGUGUAAUGGUAUCUCUUACAAUUGUUUC